AAUCAAAGAUGCUUUAAGUUUCUUUGCUUCAUGUUUGGUGUAAAAUUGACCAAAAUAACCAAAAUAUUUCCGUUUUUUCCAGAGAGUGAACCUGGAUUGAUUUAGAUUUUGCUUUAGUCCGUUUUUGUUUCACACUGGAUCCGCAGGUUUCACCUGUUAGACCCCCCCCAACAACCCCCCUCACCUGCUGGAUUAAAACGUCACUAAUUAACCCUAAUUUGCUGUGAUUAUUAUGGGAUGUUCUGGCUGUGAGUGGGCUGUGGGACCGGCUCUGUGUGGGAGUGGUCUCCUGCAGGUCACAUGGUCCGGGCCUUUGUUGAUGAUCCGGGGAGAAAGAACAGGAUCUCGGAGAGAAAGGAAAGAAAAGUACCGGUCCGACUCCGACCCACCGAGCCUUUCCGCCCAGCCUCCCCGGCGCACAGUCGCUCCUGCUCGGCCUGGAUGCUGCAGCUGCGGCCCCUCCGGAGCUCCACCUGGAUCGGUCGUUCCGCGGCGCCCCGCGGUCGGUUCUUGUCCCCGCCGGUUUGAGCGCUUGGCAGCGGGGGCUGGGGGAUGGAGGCUGUGUCCGGGCUGUGAGGUGUGGGGGUCGGUGUGUGUGUGCAGCCCCCCGGGCCUCUGCUUUGUUCCCCUGGCUGCUGUGCAGGAUCCUCCCUCCCGGCUGCUCCAGCCUGUUUCUCCUGGAAGCGAUUCUGUUUCUCCAGAGGAGUUCCAGCAGGACGCAUGGACACAAAGAGGAUUUAAGGAUUAGAUUUUUGGGCUGCUCUCUGUGUCUCUCAUUCCGGAUCAGUUUAGAAGAGGAAGGAGCCAGAAAACCCAGAUUCCUUCCAUUUCUCCCAUUUUUUCCUCCAACCUCCAUUCAGCUGCAUCCCCCCGACCCCCCUCCGUCCAUCAUGGCUCCUCUGCGCCGGGUCUCCUGGUUCUGCUGCCUGCUGGUUCUCCUGGGUCUCCCCGCAGCGCGGGGCUCGUUCCCCCGCAGCGGAGGCGGCAGCGCGGACUGCGGCCCCGGGAAGGCCGCGGAGUGUCCAGAUUUGUCGGAUAAGAAGAGCGAUCUGCGCGUGUGCGACGCCGGAACGUGUCGCUUCGGCGGAACCUGCCGCGAGAACGGCGCCGACAUCAAAUGUGUCUGUCAGUUCCACUGCAACAAGAAGUUUGUUCCCGUGUGCGGCUCCAACGGAGACACGUACCAGAACGAGUGUUUCCUCCGCAGAGCCGCCUGCAAGAAGCAGAGAGCCAUCAGCAUCGUGGCGGAGGGAGCCUGUGACCACGAUGGAGGUUCUGGAUCUGGAGUUGGAGAUGAUGAAGGUUCUGGUCGAGGGAAAAAAGCCUCCAAAUGUAAAAACUGCCGGUUUGGAGCCGAAUGUGACGAAGACUCUGAGGACUUGCUCUGCAUGUGUAACAUCGUGUGCAACGGACACAACGACAACCCGGUGUGCGGCAGCGACGGCCUGACCUACGACACGCCGUGCCACGUCCGCGAGGCGUCCUGCCUCAAACAGCUCAAGAUCGACAUCAAACAUGUCGGCCGUUGCCAAGAUAAAAACAGGAAAGACGACGCCUCAAAGGGGAAACCAGACAUCUAUGGGGUGUCCAAGCCUGACGAGGGGAACGGCUUCCUGGACGGCGCUCUGCCCUGCCCUGCAGACGACGCCUCGACCUGCGAACACGGCCAGUGUGAGAUGAGACACAACCAGCAAACCUGCAGGUGUGAUGCUGCAUACGGCGGCCCCCGCUGCGACCAGCUGCUGGACUUUAACAUCCUGUACGUUGUGCCCAGCGGCCAGAAGCUGCACUACGUUCUCAUCGCCGCCAUCAUCGGAGCCGUCCAGAUCGCCGUCAUCGUUGCCGUGGUGAUGUGCUUCACCAGGAGGUGCAACAAGUCGAAGCGUGGCCGCAGACAGAAGCAGCAUCUGGGCCACUUCCCGUCGGGAACGUCUUCUCGGAUGAUGUGAUUUUCCCUCCUCAUGUUUUUAUAGAAAUCCAACCAGUCCGGUUUUCGUAUCACAGACAGACUGCAGUUUUAUAUCGACUUCCUGGUGCCUCUUUUAUUAUUUCCCCCUUUUUUAAAGUAUUUUAUUUCUGAUUUCUUAGAGGGGCCUUAUUUGUCAGACUUCCCUUUAUGUUUUUGUCUGUCCAGCUGCUUUCUGAACACUGUGGACCCAACAGGAAGCAGAACCUUUAUUUAUCUGAUUGUAUCGUUGCUGCAGCGCCACCUUCAGGCUGGUGCCCUGCAGGUUUUGGUUUCCACGCUGUGGGACGCAGCAUGACUCUGUUCACUGUUUGCUUUAAGAAUCUUGUUAGAUUCUUCCUGUGGGAUAUAAAACACAACCAGGUUAAAUCUGAAAUAUUCUGCUUGAAUAUUUGAUCGUUGCUUAAACAUUCCAACAUCUGAUUUUAUUACUAUGAUGACAUUAUUUUUGUUUCCUUUAAUAAACCAGAAAAUCCCCUUUGGAUGAUCCAGGUUAGGAAUGAACUGACCAGAAUGACGGAUUUUAGUUUUUUUUUGACUGAUUUUGUUUUUUAAACUCAUGAAGGAUAAAAAAGCUGAAGGUUAUUUUUUAUGAUGUUGAUCUUUGAAAUCCAACUGAAAAGUAGAGAAUAAUAAGUUCAUCCUUUGAAGUGCGUCUGUUUCAGUUGAAUCUUCCCAUUUUGUUUAUGCCUGAUAAUAGUUUUAUAUCUGAUAUUAUUAUAGUUCCUCUGGAAAGCAAAAUUAUGUUCUUGUUGCAGAUUUAACGUUUUUCCUUUUAAUUCAAAAUAAAUCUCAGAUUUAUCUGUUUUGGCUAAAAGUAAAGCUUUGUUACAGUUUAAUUCUGUCAGUCACUUUUAUCAGGCCCUACGUGUUGUGAGGCCUUUGGCCUCCAGGGGGCGCCCUGUACCUGAUGAUUGGGGCCCCAUGGCGCUCUGCUGUUUGUUUUCUGUUUCGCUGCGUCUCACAGGGUCACAACUGAAAAUGAAACAUUUAACUUUGUUUUUAUUCUGUGUUUGUUAUGAGAUGCACCUGAAAACCAAAAUGCUGUUUUUUCUACUGCUUAAGAUUUAAUGAGGUACAAGCUAACGUGUACAGGUUGUUAUUUUUAUUUUUAUUUUUAUUGGUGCUUCAUUUCCGGAAAUGGAUACGGAUGUUUUUGUGCAUUUGAACGAGCCGAGGAUAAUUUAAAAUGCUUGUUUUUCAUAUAAUAAUUUGUAACAAUGGUACGAAGUGUUUUAUUGUGGUAGGAAGAUCGAUAAGCUGGCCGCAGGCUCCUUCGUGUUCGCUGACCAGGGGUCAGAGGUCACUGGGAUGUGGAUCCUGCAGGAACUGGGCCUGGUUUUGCUGUAGAUGUUGCGUCCUGCAUGAACCAGUGAAGUUGUUAGACUGUGCUGUAGCUGAACUAGAAUUAAAUUAUGAUGUUUGAA